AUGAACCUCACAAUCAAAACGACCGCCUCAGAGGAGUUGGACAAGCUGGCAGACCUGCGGGGGAGGCUGGCACUGGAGGCUCGUCGGGAGGAGAAGAGGAAGGAAGAAGAGGCUAGACGCCUGGCUGUUGGCAGGCGCGCGAUGAUCAAAGUGGCAGCUAGUGAGGAGAGGGAAACUGUGAGAAGAAAGGCGGUCCAAGGAAGGGCUGAGGAGAACCCAAAUUUGCCUUCACCGGUGCGUCGAGCUAAGCAGCGGCUAGCGAAGUCGUUGAAGAUGGAGGCUGAGCGAAGGCAACGGGAGGAAGAGGAGAAAAGCAAAACACAGGCCGAAAUAUUCAGAAAGCGCGACGAGAGGAUUAACAGAUAUUUGGCAAGGCAGCGAGAGAAGCUCAAGAAGGUGCCCGGGAGGAAGCCAGAGAGGAAGAGCCAUUCUAUCAGAGCUAUUGCUGCCACCUCUCCUGUUGACGGUCGAGUGUUCCUCAGUGAGGCACAAGCGAGGGACUUCAACCGUGCCGUGAUAGACCCCAUCAGCCCAGUUGAGGAGGUGCCGAGGUCGCCCCGUCUGCCUGACUCCCUUGCAAGCAGCGAAUCUGUGGAUAUUGAGGAUGAGAGCGAGCUCAUCGACGAUCUUCUCAUCGGCAUCUGA